AUGCGCAAUCAAGUCCGCGUAUAAAAGACGAGAGGUCAACAGCCGCCUGUACACUCAAGACAGACAAGCGAACCGAACAGAUUAUAGAAGAAUAUCGAAGAGGCUGUGUUGAUACUGAACAUUUUUCACAAGGUAUGUACAGUAUACAUGGAAGGAGACAAAAUCUGUAGAAAUAUUAAUAGUGUUGAAUUUUAUAAGCUGGUGUUUAUUUUGCGCUAGGCAUAAUACACUCAAUACUCAAUAGGGUGCUACACGCGCGAGCGGCUGAGCCGUUAGUUCGUUACUGUUUGUACAAAACCAUUAAAGUUUGACUUUUAGUAGAGAAAAUAGGCGUAGAAUUUAUGAAAUACUUUUCAAAUAAUGGUCGUUGCGAGUGUAGGUAGCGACAAGACAGCUACAGAGAUAUACAACUACCUGAACUACCACCCCAAGGGCUGAGAAUUGCAAGCAUGACGCCACGCGAACGUUUGUUAUCGAUUGUUCAAGUCGAUGAUCUUAUAAAUUAUCCACAUAUCACCGGUGAAAAAAAUGUAGUAUAGUUCAAUUCGAGCGUAGGCGCUUCGAAGGGUCGAAGUUCUGCUUAUAUUUUUUGUGUUGGGACGGCACAUUUCAGAAAAAAAUCGCGCAAUCUCAACGCCCGGUCACACGCAACAAUGUUGGCCCCGAUGUAAAACUGUUGCAAUAUUUGGUCUAAGUCUAAGAAUCUUUAGCGUGAAAUCAUGAGAUGUAUCCAAAUUGAAAAUCUGCCUGCUUGAAAUUUUUGUGAAACAAACACUAUUAUAAACAAACUGAUGAAAACUGUUGGAUGAUGACGGGGCAACAGUUGUUGUUGGGUCCGUUUGAGGUCUUGAAAUAUAUAUGGACACACUAUUUCGAAAACUAAGUCUUGAAUCAUUUAUUUAUACACACACAGUCACAGAUCAUAAUUCUAGUCGCAAAAGCAUUCACAACAGGCUGAUGUCACAACAAAGAACUGUUGCAGCAUACUAUUUCAACGCUAGCAAUUAUAUACCCGGUUCAAAAUACUCGGAUGUAAAAUCUUAAGUUACUAAGCGUUGUAUGGUUUGUCGACAAUGCAAUGGAGAAAACAGCAAAGGAAUUAACGCUCUAAUAUCGAAUACAGAAAUUUGAUAUGAAAACUGGUGUAACUUUCCUAAAAUACAUUCUCGUUUGCAUCACAAUUGUCGAAUUGAUCAAUAUGUCCAAAAAAACCCAAACUCCGCGUUAUUUCGCUUUAUUCUGCUCGAAAUCAAUGCGAACCUCACUUACAUAACCCCUAAUUCAUCCAAAAUCCUAUUUCCAAUCAUAAUUUCGUGUUUCGAAGAAAUUUACGUAAAUUUUUUGCGGCUUAAAAAUUAUGAGCUUAGGAAUUUCGUUUUCUUCAAAUGGGGAAAUCCCCGAAGUGAACUCAUGCGUGUGAUAGAUCUGAGCAUGCGCCAUUGUCACAUGUUAUAUUCCACGUUGCCAAAAUUGACGGGUAUUUUGAACUAUAAAAUAGAAAUAUAAGGACUUAGCACUUAGCAGCCGUUAAUUAUGAAGUAGUUGAACUGUAUAUGUUGGCGUUUUCGUAUAUUAGUGCCUGUAUAAUUUGUUUUCAAGAUAUUUAACGUAUAUCGUGAAUAUUGUUCAAAAAUAUCGCUUCUCUCAUAAACGCGUGGCCAUAUUGCAUACAGAUGAUGCAACACUUGCCUGAAUAUUAAUGAGUUUUCUGGCCAAACCGGUUUGUUCCACUUUGAACUGCCCAGGUCGCGCACAAACAUGCCCGGGUUCGAGAACAAUACAAGACUUCUGAUUGGUCAAUUUGUGAUAAAAAUAAGCACUGAGGUCAUACGUUUCAUUGUUUCAUAUAAAAACAUCAGCGAAGGGGAAAACCACUUUUACUACACUCGUGUCUGAUAACGUACAGACUACGUUUCUAUAUUUUACUGAGUUAUAUUGAUUGUAUAUAUAGCUGGUCUCAUAUAUUGGUUAUUUUGUAGAAUGCUUGAAAUGGAACUGCCACAGUUACAAAGCGAGGAAUUGUCCUUAUUGGAUUUGCUGGAGCAAACUACGAUGGAUGGUGCGGCGAGCAACGGCGCACUGAGCCAAGGGCAAGGCAACAUCAUCAAACGAGAUGCGAAUCUGGCCUCAACUUGGCACAAUACUCCAUUAAAUAUGAGCAGAGCAUACGACCAGAGCGAACUUUUCUCCGACACGGAGUCGUUUACGAGCUGUGGCUCUGCAGUUGCUUCGCCGGCAGUCUUCGAGUUCGAGCACACGGAGCAAAACCACUUCAGCUAUCUUCAACUGAACGACAACGAGUUAAAGAAGCUCUCUGUCAAAGAAUUAAAUACGAAGCUCAAAGGACAACCGAAAGAAGUCGUGAAUGUGGCAAAAAAGCGUCGCAGGACGCUCAAGAAUCGAGGCUACGCACACUCGUGUAGGAUCAAAAGGAUCCAAGAAAAAAGCAAUUUGGAAAGGAGCAAGGAAGAGCUCAAAGAAAUAAUUGCCAGUCAACGGCAGCAACUGGAGGCAGUGGCAAACGAGCGGGAUGUAUACAAACAUCGGUUCGAGACCCUGAUUACAAUUCUGGGACAAAAUCAUAACAUUUCUAAUUCUGGCUGAAGCAACGGUUACAUGCAUCAGACAAAGGAAAGACUGAACUUUGUCUUGGACUUGGGUAUGCGUCUCAUUCUGUAUUAGACAUGAUUAUAAACAAUCUUGCUGGACUAUUACAGUAAGUAACGAACCAUAAAAAGAAAGGGUAUAUAGCUCCGAAAGAAUCCAAAAACUCAAACUACAUAGUAGCCUACUAUGGCAAAUUGUUAUUACAUAUUAAUGCAGUUAUGUUUUACUGUACAAUAUUAUCAAGUACAAGUUUAAACUGAUCACGUCUCGAAUGCGAGUGUGCGAGAGUUGAGCUUUAUAUAUCUUAAUAUUCGCACUUCAAUUUGUAUUUCUUGGUUUCAAAGUUUAAAACUCUGCAAUUUAUAGCCACCAGCGUGCGCUUGACUUCCGAAUAUUUUGCGUGACCGUGAUUUGUACUUUUAAUUUGGCCAUGCAAGUUUAAGCUUGAACUCUGGUCAGUUCAUUAUUUUCACGCAGGCAAAAGCUACUGUGUGCGUUUCGAAUCACGUUUUCAUAGUUUACUGUAUAGUAACGGCAAUAUUUUCUAAGCGGUUGAAUAGCGUGCAUAUAGUAUUUGUUUUGUCCCUCAUAACGUUCUAAUAUUUUGUAAUGUUUCAAUUUUGCACGUUUCAACUUCGCACGUGCUCAGUAGCGAUGCACGCAAAAAAUUUGAGGCGAGCUGUAGUCUGCAGAAAUGGUUUUAAUAUUUCAGCAAUACAUGUUCUUUAGGCAGAUAUGCUCUCACUAGCCUAAACUUUAAAAGCUAAGCCUAAUUUUAAGCACAAACCUUUCAUCAAGAGAGUCACACAGUGGUCUUUUUGCUUGAAGUUGAACCAAUAAAGUUUAGUUUCGGCCAAUCCCGUUUAUAUAUACGUUACUAGAAUAAACAAAAUAUAUGUUUUUAAGACAACUCGACCCUACGCUGAGAAGUAACAGUUUGAAAUUCAGUUAGGUUAGUGAGAUUCUACCACAAAGGACGUGUAUUUUUAAGACCGUUAGUUAGGCGUUGCCAACAAUGACAACCGUUUGAAAGUAUAAAUUGCUGCUCCAAAAAUAUAAAACACAACUCUCGUGCACUCAUAAUCAAGUGAUCAGUUUAUAAACUUAUUUUUGAUAAUACAGCAGUGAGCAGUCACUGUCUCACUGACUGAAUCUAUUCUUAACUUACGUUUGUGCAUGGAAUUGAGAAUUUUUACCACUGUCACAUACAUUGUCAUUGUACAUAUUAAUGUGGAUCAUGCAAGCAGAGACUGAGAGAUACGAAGUAUGUUAUUGUUGAAAUUUUGUUGGGAAUAUUUAUAGUUUGUUUAUAUAUUAAGUGGAGUUAAUGACAUAUUGUUAUUGAAAUUGAAAAGUUGUGUUAUUUUAUAUAGAUGUAGAUUGUAGAAGUAAUAUAAUAUUGUAAGAUGGAAAAGUUAUUUUAUAAAAAAAUAAUGGCUGUUCAAUUCAGCAUAAAAC